AUGUCAUCAACAAACUCCAACCACCUCCCAGAAAUUCUCACCCCAGUAUCCACCUCCAACAGUCAAGACAAUUUCGCCCAAAGCAAAGAAGAUUUCGACGUCUCAUCUAUUCCAGAUUCUGAUUCCGAAGGUGGAGUUUCUAUUUAUUAUCAAACUCCCGAAAAAGAAAAGAGGAGGGGGGGUGAUGGAUUUGCAGAUCAGCAGAUGAGAGAUGAUGAGAUUAUUUAUGGUGAUUUUAUUCUGGAUUCGGAGAGAAAUGAUGGAGAUGAAGGAUAUGAGGAUAAUACAAUAGCUUGGCCUACCAUCAUCUCAAGCAGAUUCUCGACUCCGACAACUGAUGAGCUGAUUAAGUAUAUUAACGACACUGAUCUCUUGGGAGUUGAUGAUGAUGGAUCUGGCGAGGAGUCUAUGACUACUUAUCAUAGAAAAUUAGAAGAGCUCGCGAGAAUUCGGAAGAUUGUUGCUCGGAAUCUAAUUCCCGGUACUCAUCAAACAGCCGAGAACUCCACAUCUACACUCGGAAAACCACCCACUCUCACGGGAAUACAAAAACCCACACCUAACCUCUCACUCGGCACGCCUCUAAUCCAGGAUUUCGCAAUUCCCCUACCAGCGUCCCUACCAACUCCCCUCCCUCGCACCAUCUUUGAAAACCUCUCCGCCAUACGAGCCCCCCAUUUCCCACACUAUCUCGCCUCCCAAACUUCUUCUUUAAGUACCUAUCCCUCACCCGACAUCGGCACCAUGUAUCAUUAUUAUGGAUUUUCACAUCGCCGUACGGUUAACGAGAUUGAUAUUCUUGCACCUUCUGAUGAUGAUGAUGAUAAUGAUGAAGAGGAAGAAAAGGAUGAGGAAGAGCAGCAGGACGAGUUGUGUAGGGAGUUGUCUGAGGGGGAGGAGGGGGAUGAUGAAGGAGAUGUGGAUUUGGAUAUGGAUAUGUCUAGAUCUACACCUCCGCGUCCUCCUGUGUUGGGGGAUAGAGAUCAGAAUAUGGAGGAUGGGGUGGAGAUUGAGGAUAUUGAUGGAUUAGAGAAUGGGAAUGAGGGAUACUCAUCGUCAUCUUCCUACCUCUCAGAAGAAUACGACGCAUCAGACGAGCUCGGCAAAAUCGUAUCCUCCAUCCCCGCCCCCACACCCCCAAAUCCUCGCGAUCACCGCCUCGGCAGAAUCGUAAAUAUAUUCCGCACGCGAGCUCUCCAACGCCUUGGAAUCCCAUCCCACGACUCUCCAUUUCGCCUUCGACAUCCCGUUAAUCACCUCGUGUUUCGGGAGACGGGGAUACAGACUGCGGAUUAUGCGCGUGCGAAUGCGAUGGCUAGGUUUGAGAGGGUGGCGGAUGAGUUUGUGAAGGGGGAGAGAGUAGGUGAGGGGGUGAAAGGGGGUGCUGGGGAGGAUUCUGCUGGGGAUGUGGGACAUUUGAUGGUAGGGACGGAGGGAGAUGAGAGAUUUGAGAGGGAGGAGGUACAUAUGAGAGGUGGCGCGGGGGCUGGGGAUUUUUAG